CACCAGCAGCUCUGUUUGUAGCUGUGUUGUUGUGUGAGGCCUCUGCGCAUGCUUAGUAGCGGUAGCCUCCCUCGAACCACUGCAGCUUGUCCUUUAACAUUCGGCGCACGCGUAGUGCAGUGAGACUUCUCCGGGUUUGGCGACUGCCGCUGUUUUGCCGUUGCUGAAAGAUCCAUAGUGGAACUGUUCUCUACAUUUUACUAGAACCUCUUGGAAAAGUACCACAAUGCUGUAAUAUAGGAUCUUCAUAACAUUAGUGCUGAAUUUGAGAUUAAUGAUCUUCAGUGGAGAAUAUACUUUGAAGACACGGUUGUCUCAAAAGUCACUCCUUCUGGAAUCAAUCGUUCUAGAGCACCAGAAUUUAUUAUCCAAAAUAGUAUAAACGAGAAGACGUACAAAUGUCUACCACAAGACUAAAGUGUGUAAUGUUAUGUUCUUUACCAUAAGCACCCAUAAAAUGAGCUCCAUUGCAGACAGAGAUGAUGGUAGCAUUUUCGAUGGUCUCGUGGAGGAAGAUGACAAGGACAAAGCAAAAAGUUGUUGUUGUUGUUUUAGAGUGUCAAGGAACAAGUCUGAAAAGAAACGAAGAGAUCAAUUUAAUGUUCUCAUCAAAGAACUGGGAUCCAUGCUUCCGGGCAAUGCUCGGAAGAUGGACAAAUCCACUGUACUGCAAAAGAGCAUUGACUUUUUACGAAAGCAUAAAGAAAUCACUGCACAGUCAGAUGCCAGUGAAAUUCGACAAGACUGGAAACCCACAUUCCUUAGUAAUGAAGAAUUCACUCAGUUAAUGUUAGAGGCUCUUGACAGUUUUUUCCUAGCAAUCAUGACAGAUGGAAGUAUAAUAUAUGUAUCUGAAAGUGUAACCCCCUUACUUGAACAUUUGCCAUCUGAUCUUGUGGAUCAAAGUAUUUUUAAUUUUGUCCCAGAGGGGGAACAUUCAGAGGUUUAUAAAAUACUGUCCACACAUCUAUUGGAAAGUGAUUCACUGACUCCAGAAUAUUUAAAAUCAAAAAAUCAGCUAGAAUUCUGUUGCCAUAUGCUCCGAGGAACAAUAGACCCAAAAGAGCCCCCUACAUAUGAAUAUGUAAAAUUUAUAGGAAAUUUCAAGUCUUUGAGUAAUAUGCCCAACUCUGCACAUAAUGGUUAUGAGGGAACCAUCCAGCGAUCCCAUAGGCCUUCCUAUGAAGACAGAGUUUGCUUUGUAGCUACAGUUAGGUUAGCUACACCUCAGUUUAUCAAGGAAAUGAGCACUGUUGAAGAACCCAAUGAAGAGUUCACCUCUAGACAUAGCUUAGAAUGGAAGUUCCUUUUCUUGGAUCACAGGGCACCACCAAUAAUAGGCUAUUUACCAUUUGAAGUGUUGGGAACAUCAGGCUAUGAUUAUUAUCAUGUGGAUGACCUAGAAAAUCUGGCAAAAUGUCAUGAACAUUUAAUGCAGUAUGGAAAAGGGAAGUCCUGUUAUUACAGAUUCCUCACAAAGGGGCAACAGUGGAUUUGGUUGCAAACUCAUUACUAUAUCACUUAUCAUCAGUGGAAUUCUCGACCAGAGUUCAUCGUAUGCACUCAUACAGUAGUAAGUUAUGCAGAAGUUCGAGCAGAAAGGCGACGUGAACUUGGUAUAGAAGAGUCUCUUCCAGAGAUAGCAGCAGAUAAAAGUCAGGACUCUGGUUCUGACAAUCAUAUAAACACAGUAAGCCUCAAAGAAGCUUUGGAGAGAUUUGAUAACAGCCCCACACCUUCUGCCUCAUCCAGAAGUUCAAGGAAAUCUUCUCAUACUGCAGUCUCGGACCCUUCAUCAACACCAACAAAGAUGACAAUGGAUACAAGCACUCCUCCAAGGCAAAACGUAUCCACUCAUGAGAAGUCUGCACAAAGGAGAGCAUCGCUUGGCACUCAGUCUUUAAACUCACAAUCUGUUGGACAACCAAUAGCGCAACCAAUGAUGUCUCAACCGGCAACAUUACAGAUCCAGCAAGGCAUGUCUCAGCCUAUGCUUCAGUUUUCUGCUCAACUAGGAGCUAUGCAGCACUUAAAAGAUCAGUUGGAGCAAAGAACACGAAUGAUAGAGGCCAACAUUCAUCGCCAGCAAGAAGAGUUGAGAAAGAUUCAGGAACAGCUCCAAAUGGUCCAUGGGCAAGGGCUCCAGAUGUUCUUGCAGCAGUCAACUCCUGGAUUAAAUUUUGGUCCUGUGCAGCUGACUUCUGGAAACCCAUCCAACAUUCAACAGAUUACACCAAUAAACAUGCAAGGUCAAGUGCUUCAGACUAAUCAGAUCCAAAGUGGCAUGAACACUGGGCAUAUUAGUACUCAACACAUGAUACAACAGCAGCCUCUGCAGAGUACUACAGCACAGCAUAGUCAACAAAAUGUUCUCAGUGGGCACAGUCAGACUUCUCUCGCUACUCAGUCUCAGAACACGCUUUCAGCCCCGUUAUAUAACACUAUGGUGAUUUCCCAGCCGACCACAGGAAAUGUGGUCCAAAUUCCUUCUACUUUACCACAAAGUAAUAACCAGAAUGCUGCUAUUACCACAUUUACCCAGGAUAGACAAAUUAGAUUUUCGCAGGGUCAGCAGCUUGUUACAAAACUAGUCACUGCCCCAGUAGCUUGUGGAGCAGUAAUGGUACCUAGUACUAUGUUUAUGGGACAGGUGGUGACUGCCUAUCCCACUUUUGCUGCACAACAGCAGCAGCCACAGACAUUGUCAGUAACGCAGCAGCAGCAGCAGCAGCAGCAGCAGCAGCAGCAGCAACAACAACAACAACAACAACAACAACAACAACAACAACAACAACAACAACAGAGCCAGCAGGAGCAGCAGCAGCAGCUUACUACAGUUCAGCAACCAACUCAGACUCAGCUGACCCAGCAUCCGCAACAGUUUUUACAAACGUCCAGGUUGCUUCAUGGAAAUCAGUCAACUCAGCUCAUUCUCUCUGCUGCUUUCCCGCUACAACAAAGCACUUUUACCCAAUCACAUCACCAGCAGCAUCAGUCCCAGCAGCAGCAGCAGCAGCAGCAGCAGCAGCAGCAACAACUUUCACGACACAGAACUGACAGCAUGACUGAGCCUUCCAAAGUUCAGCCACAGUAGCCUGGGAACCAAACCAGAGGAAAGGCUGCUCCAUUAAUAGUUGCACUGGUGAGGGAGAGAGAAACUUAUGGACUUUGCAAAGUGCAGUAUUGAAUAUUCUUCUAACCGCUUGGAAUGUGUCUGCUGAGAAAAACCAAUGCAAAAUGCUGUUGGAGAUACAUUAGGUAUAACUCAGCAAAAAGAUUAUGUGGACAGGGCCAUGGCUUUCUUUGCCAGGGAUCUAAUUGCUCCACUUUCUGUGUGUGUGUUUUUCCUUCGAAGGCAUGUACUGCCAUGUGUUAACUUGUCCAGAUCAAGUCUCAAAACAUUAAAUGGACUGAAUAGGGGCACUUAAAUAUCUUGAUGUUUUUAGCAUUUCUCUCAGAUUAAGUGUUACAAUGGACAUGCUGUUGCUACAGCAGUGGGUUGUGUUUUGUUUUUUUAGUAUGCCUGCUCCAGAAGACAGUUAUUUUUUUCAUAUUAUGGGACAGUAAAUAUUUUCAAAAUAUUUGUGUGGAAUCAAAUCAUUAUUGUACAGAUAUUGUAAAAUACUGUGUAUAUGUCUGGAUACAAGGUGAGAAAGCAGAAUAUUUUAUAUGAAUUUGCAUGAAACUGUUGAUUUGGAUAUGUUUCCUCCUAAAUUUUCACACAAUACUCGGAUUACUAUUUUCAUUUGUUUUAACCUGUCUGUCUUCUACAAUGUGAUCCCUCAUUUAUUAUCACCUGCAAUGUGGGCACAAGUCUCCUGUUUGUGCAUUAUCUGUGAUGUCACAGUUUGUUCAAUGAGGUAAUAUAGUGUGCUGGCUUGUGGAAUUUUUGAAGUUAAAUUAUUAAUGAAACUCUUUGAACUGUGAGAGUUCAAGGCAUUCAGUUUCAUAAAUAUCACUUUGUCAUUUCAGAAAUACUCAAUUUUUUUCUUCGGAAAAAAAUAGGAAUUUGCACUGCUAUAUCAUGGACGGUUUGGAAUUUUACUCCCCCAAAGCUAUCUUUUGAUAUAAUACAUAGUUGGAAAUAUUUAUGUAAAAAUAAGGUUUAAAAAUAUGAAAGUAAUUUUGAAGAAUGUCUCAAAUAUAGGAGUAAUUUGCACAAAAAUAUAUUUGAAUUUAAUAAUUGUAGGCACUUUUUAACCUUCUCUGUGGUGAGAAAUGUAACUUCUCGGAAUUUGUUGGAAUCUUUUUAUUCUCCUUUGCAAAUUUCGACCUUCAGUUAGUCAGAAAUGAUUCAGGGUCGUUUGAAACAAAACAAAAACCCAUAGUGCCUUGAUUUUGAUUCAGGUGAUAGUGUUAAAUCAUCUCAAAUUACAUUAUGUUGAAUCUGUGACCAUUUUUGAAGUCUUAGUACAUUGUUAACAAAACAUACUUCAUAGCUAAUUCUCUACUGUAUUUGUAUAGACAAGUAUUUUGCACAGCAUACAAACUGAGAACUGAAGUGUUUUGAAAAGAUGGGCACUCCCCUUCUCAACUACUAAUUAUGGGGACAUGCAUCAUAAUGAUUUACCUUUUGAAUUAUUCAUUGAAUAAGACAUUCAGUUCUUUUACAUGAAACAGAAGUGAAGAAUAAUUAAUAUGACCACUUCUUAACACAACUCAAAUCCAAAUUUAAUGCAAAAUAUGUAUAAGAGAUAAUCAGGCUUGCAGCAUCUAAAAGGGAUUCUAUUGCACUAAGACUUCAGGUGGCAAGUUCACUUCAUAAAGAUAAUAAAAAGUUCCAACAGAAAUUCUGUACAGUUUAAAAAUAGAUGUUGAGUAGAUUUUGUGGUACUAGUUUUAAAAAAAAUCACAUCUGCAGAGCAAAAUACAAAGAUAGUAGGGUAGUUACAAAAAAAUCUGAUUGUGAGGAAGGAAUAUCUGAAGAUGGAGUAUUACAAAGGAGCUUUAUUAAUGUAACCAAAGUGUGAUGAGAUGCUAAAGAAUGUAAUGCUGGGGGUGAACAAAGCCUGCAUCAAAGGCAACACCAUAAUAGCAACAAGUAUCUUUGAGGCUAACUGUUAAAGGAUCCCUUGCAUGAUCUCUUUCCCUCGGCCCCUCCGCUAAUAUUACAACCAAUAGACUAAUAGCAGAAACAUCAUGAAAAGAGACAAAAAAAAGUAUAAGUAAAGAACCAAAGAGUUGGACUAGUUUUUGCUUGCUCUUGACAAGUACUAGAAACUAGUAGGUAAAUAUAUCUAGGAAAUCUCCUAGCUGUGUUAUUUAAAGGGACUUUAUGGCAUUCACUAUUAAGCUAGUUUCAGUUUGUGAGAAGUGCAUAAUGUUAAGAAAUAACCACAUCUACUUAAUUGCAGAUUGCCAUACCGAUCUGGUUAUAAUUCCCAAUUAGGCUGUGUUGAACAGAGAUCCAUACUUUAAUUACAUUAUUUAGUGAACAGUCACCCUCUCUGGCUCUAAGCUAUUAACUAUAACAUAGCACUAAACAAAAAAACAAUUGGGAGAGCUUUAAUAGUUGUCAUAGAACGGAAGGGCAAGACUUUGCUAUUUGAAAUUUCUGAAAAUGCAGAGCACAAUCACUGGACAGCUGGUUUUUGUUGGAUAACAAAACGGCUUCUUUCAGCUGUUUGUUUAACUCAAAAUACAGCUCAUGGUAGAUGUGAAGUUUUUUGUAAUGAGACAUGUGGGAGGGAGGUAAUGUGGAAGGUAAAUAAAUGGAGGAGAAGCAAUGAGAAACUGGAAAAUAGUUGGUAAAAUUUUGGAGGAGAAAAAUUUUACCACACCUCAGGCAAAUGUAAUUGAAAGAGCCCAGAAACAAAAACCUCCGUGGUAUUUUACCUAGAAUUUAUAUUGACCACUGAUCCUCUUUCUCUGGUGUUGCUGACUACUAAGAAGUGGUCCUCCCUAAAAGGAUUGCUCUGUUGAAUGUCAAUUCAACUAAAAUAAGAGGAAGAUCAGGCUCUGGCUGUCUCAUGAUCAUUCUGCUGCUUUUGCAAGGCGAUUGUCUUAUCCAAGUAGUUGCUAUAUAGGAGUGAAUGCUCUGUUGUCAAGAAUGUCUUAAUGGCCAAAUGUCUCUGCUUCAGGUGGGAGAAGUGAAUUGUGAGCAAAUGUUGUGGUAAUGCACUAGUCUAAAGCAAAAGAAAAGAAAAGAAAACCAGCAGGAAGCAUGGCAAUGUGCUGCUUGAAGAGAGGAUUAGGCUUGCCUAAAUUUGGGGGAGGCGGGAGGGGAAGAAGACUCACAGAUGAGCCUCUGGGCAUGUUAGAGGGAAUUGUAUAGAUAUUUUUAUAUUAAAUAUAAUAUAUAUACUAUAUUUGUACACAUGUUAAAAUACUAUAGUCAGAGCUCUCCAUAUGCCUUCCAUUACUUUUAUCUAGAUGUUUACUUCCUGGUGCUGUGGCUCCAGUGUGUCACCACUUUCUGUAGGCUGCCUCCUGCUGCCAACCAGCAACAAAAAUGACUUAACAUUGUCUACCCAAGUACCAGCUGGCAUGUCUCAAUUCAGCAAGAUGCUUAAGGACAUGUCUAAUUAGUAAUCCCAUUGGCUUUAGUGCAACUGAGAUUACUAAUAGGUAGAGUAACCACAUUCUUGAGCAGGAUAGGAUAUAUUGCCUUUAAAACACAUGAAAAGAGGAAUCAAUUAAUCACACUGAUCUGGUUACUGGCCUUUGCACUGGUCUAACCAAGAGAGCAGCCCCAAAGUAUAUUGGUGUUGGUCGUGAAAGACUGGCAAGUCAAGGCUGUUCAUGUCUCUGAUGGUGCCAUGUUCUUGUCCCUCCAAGGUGGUCACCCUUGUAUCAUAUUGGAGUUAUCCUUUUGAAUUAGGGAAGAAAAUAUGUGUGCAAACCUAAGCACUUUAUUGAGAAGAAACUCAUUUGGAAUACCAUUUUAUUAUUUUUAGGCAAUGGAAAUGUUUAUAAAACGUAGUGGGGAGAGGUCCAAAGGAAUCAGAAAGUAGACUGUUGUCAAAAUGAGGCAUUGCUGGAAAAUGUUUCUCUAUGGUGAUCCUUUGAGACUCUUUAUACAAAAUUAUGCAGGCAUCUAACAUUGGUUGGCUUUGUAGGAAAUGGAUACAUCUACACAGCUGAGCUUUUUAGUGAGCUUAUUUUAUUUUUUAAAAAGUUGCACCAUUGUCAGAGAGAUAUCAACAGGAGGCUUGUUUGAGCCUUUAAAACGAUUCUAAGUGGUCCUUAGGAUUAAAAUGUGUAGAGGGUUUACAGAUGUGGCCUUUAGUAGACUGCUUCAGUCACAACUAUAGAAUAGUUUGUAUGCUUAGAGGUAACACCAGUUUUUGUUGUGUGCGUGUUGGGUUUUUUAAAAAUGUCAUGGUGUCAUGUGGCAUCAACUUGUGUGUCAAACUCAUAAAUUGUCUCCAUUGGAAAGUUGUCACUAAAAAUUAAUGUAUGUUGAGAAGGGAAGCCUGGAGGGAACAGAUUUGACUGAAAAGGGAGGAAAAGGUCUUUCUUUUCCCCAGUGAAAGGAGUUGGAGACAGGUUUGAAUGAGUUGAGGUGUAUACAGUUGCUUGAAGUUGAAUGUUGAACAUCUCACAGUAAAUGAGACAAGCUUUGAGAGAUAUUUUUAAUUUUAAUUUGGUUGUUCAUGAAACUGGGUAGUUUAUUUUGUCAAUAUAUAUUUUUUUAACACUACAUUCCUCUGUCUUUUAAUAAACAAGUACUUUACAGUCUGUGUUUGCUAUGCUUCAUGCUUUUUCAUCCGCAUGGGUGUUGCCAGCAGCAUGAUAGGUUAUAUUGCUUAAAGAUAUUGUACCUACCAGUAACACACACAAAAAACGCAAAACGAAACACUGUGUAUGAAUAAAAUACUGUGUUGCCUGAUAUACAGAUCCCAGCUCUGACCGAGAGGUGCUGCACUAGUAGACAAUCAAAAUUUAUUGAAGACUUUUGGGGGUAGGGGGGUGGGGAAAUGUUCCUAAAGAUACAGCUGCUUCAAAAGUGUUUUUUUAUUCUUAAAGUAAAAGGAGUAUUUAUUUUUUAAAUUGUCUAAUUGGAUACUUUUCAGUGUUGAUUUCACAUUGUCUUGGUUUUGCAUUUUUGAAAUUUGGCGUUAGAUUUGUAUAUGUAGAAAACCUGUGCGAUUUUCAUGAUCUUAUUUCAGGAAAAUGUAGAUAUGGUUCCCUAGUGUUCAUGUGACCAUUACUAAGUGUCGGUUUUUAACUGAAUAAAUAUAACAUUUGAAAUUUC